AUGUGUAUACUAACCAUUAAUAUUAUCUAUCUAUCUAUCUAUCUAUCUAUCUAUCUAUCUAUCUAUCUAUCUAUCUAUCUAUAUAUCUCUCUCUCUCUAUAUAUAUAUAUAUAUAUCGAUUAUAUUUCGAGCUUUUCUGUAAACUUCCUCUUCCGAUUUUCUCUUGCCUACUUAUUCUUAACAAAGCUUUUGACUUUCUUUUUCUUGCGUCUCGUGACGCUUGCAUCUUCCUCUCCUCCUCCUCCUCCUCCUCCUCCUCCGUUCUUUUUUUGGAUUUUUUUUGGUUUCCUCUUCUUUCUUUGUCUCUUCUCUCCUUUUAUCACCUAUUAUUGUUCUCGACGUCUUCAUAAUAACAACCAUGUUGAUGAAAAGGUAUUUUUUAUUUCUCUCUCUCUCUCUCUCUCACUCACUCUCUCUCUCUCUCUCUCUCUCUCUCUCUCUCUCUCUCUCUCUCUCUGUAAUGCCUAG